AACUUCGAAUUUGCAUUACGACUCUUCUGCCCAAUGCGCUACAGUUCUAUCCCAGCCCUCGCGGCUGUUCUCAGCCUCGGUGCACCUGGAGUGCUCUCCAGUGUCAUCCCUGUCACCCGUGGUGUCCAGACCCUUUCCGAUGAAGUCACUCUUUGCAUCAAGGACCUCUGUGCUUCCAAGGGAGACAAAUCUUAUGACACCGCGCCAUGUGGUUCAUCUAUCCUGACUGUCACUCGUCUUGGAGCUCCAUCUUCCGUGGAGGAAUGCGUGAGCACAUUCAGUGACCUCAUCGCCGAAAACCCUGAGAGUGGUUCUUCCGAGACCGAUGCCGCCUUGUAUGAGAUCUUUGCCGAGGGCGACAGCGAGAUUGAAGUCAUCGAGAAGCGCAAGACGACGAAGAAGACCACUACUACCAAGGCUGCUACCACCAGCAAGACCUCCUCUACCAAAGUUGAGGCCACUACGACCUCUUCUUCGUCCAAGUCAUCUUCCUCGUCCAAGAGCUCUUCCUCUUCUGCUUCUUCUACUUCAUCCUCCAAGAGCUCUUCCUCUUCUGCUUCUGCGACUUCAUCCUCCAAGGGCUCUUCUUCCUCUGCUUCUGCCACUUCGUCCUCCAAGAGCUCUUCCUCUAAGGACUCUUCCUCCUCAGCGACCUCCUCCUCAAAGAGCGCUUCUAUCACCGCCUCUUCCUCAGGGGGUUCUUCCUCUAAGAGCGCUUCUGCCAGUGGAUCUUCUUCUGGAAUCUCCUCCUCGAUCAAGCCCAGUGGCUCAUCUAUUUCCUCCAAGAUAAGCGGAUCAAUGUCCGCUUCUUCUUCCAUCUCCCGAUCAGCCACCAGAACUUCCAUGUCAGCAUCGCAGAGCGCUAGCGGCUCAGCCUGCCCUCUUCCCAGGAAAGACAGCAAUGGAAAGACUAUCCAAAGACGAUGCGCUGGUGAUGAGUUCUACAAGAAGACUGACCUCAUUGCUGGUAAGGUCACCCACUGGAGAUUCAACACCAUGAAGGACCCCAAGGACUACAAUGCCGAUGCUCAGGCUAAGAAGGUUCUCACCACCAUGAAAUCUAGCGGCCAAUUGGAUGUAGUCAAGAUCAACAGCGGUGAGCUCACCGUCAUCGGCAACGUCGAGGAGGGAGAUAAUGGAGGAACCAACCCUAAGGACUUUACCAAGAAGGGUGGAAACUACAUCCUGACCAACGGAGGUUUCUUCCAGCACAUCGGUGACCCAGACCACGAGCUCUACGAACGCAGGUACGCACCAGCCGGCGAGGACACCAAGAUCAAGACGGCCGAUGGCAGUGUCAAGACCUACGCCAACCCCUUCCCUGUGCCUGAAGACUACGUUCCCUACUACACCUCGAUCUCCGGUACCGAGGGCACCAAGGUGUGGUCUGGACCUGAUCUCAAGAAGAACACCCCUGAGAUAGAUACCAAGCAGGGUAUCUGGGAGUACAAGACUGGUGGCCCCGUCGGUAGCUUGAACCACGCUGCCGAAAACAACGAGCGCCUCGCCGUUGUGAGCUUCGGCGGAACUUUCUACAACUUCGCCUACACCUCUGACGUCCGCAAAUCCGGUCUCUCCACCAACGCAUUCAAGUCCUUGAUCGACCUCUUCUUUAAGGAGAUGGGCGAGACUGGCAAGAGCAUCAGCGGCUCUACCCAAGCCGUCUGCCUUGAUGGUGGCCCAAGUAUCUCUUUGAUCUGGAACGAGGGCAACGAUGCACCCAAGUAUCUCGCCCUUGGCCAGAACGGCGACAGCACUCCUCUUCCUGGUGCAUCCAGCAAGGUUGUCAGCAACUUGAUCAAGAUCGGUGUCAAAUAAAUUUGACGUUGACAAUAAUCGUUUAAGUUUAUUCGCCAUUAUUCUUUUUUCGGCGGAGGGGGGGUGGAAGGCUGCAUUAGUCAGUCAUGCUUUUGAUGUACUUGUAUGUUGGGAAGAUUCGCUUCGUUUCUUGGGAGCUCAGGUUUCUAAGAUAGUCCUUUAGCGUUUUUUGAUAGAUGGUUAUUUGAGCAAUUACAUGAAUUCUUAUCACCAGUUGAGCUGUAACCUGACGAUAUCUGACUAUGAUGUUCCUCCCUGGUACUAGCGCGUGGACUAGCGCCUUGGCGAGCAGGAUUUCCAUCACAUCCCCAUAUAUACUCGCCCCCUCCUUCAAAAUGUGCUAUCAUUCAUUCUAUAGCUGCCGAUUCAUGUGAUAAAAGAUUUUCAGUCGGAAUAUUGAGGCAGACGGGGUGUUAUAACACACUCAGCAGGCAGGCUAUGGCUCUACAAGUGUGAGGCAUGUCUCACCGUUCGAUACUAGCCGGGGUGCGGACUCUACAGAAGUGGCCCAACCUCUACCCCAAAGGACAAACACAAGAGCUGCAAAUUUUCAAGGUUACCAAAGUGGAGACGAUUGGUAGUGAAUCAAGAUGCGCCGCUGUGAAAACGAGAGACUGCUGCAGUUAUCCUGUGAGAUUUGUGAUCAUCAAACUGUUGGAACACUGAGCACGCAGAUUACUACGGAUGUGCAACUUUGCCUCAAACGUUAUACCAAGCGCAUUGGGAGAAUCCAAGGCCACAGUGUGAUCAGUUGAAGAAUUGAGUCCUUCUUCCGAGCCCACAGCUUUUCAGAGUCCGCCGCGAUGAUUUGUGAAUCCGCGCGGCUUAAUCGAUGUAGUGAAUCGUCUCACGUGGGCUCACGAGAGAUCUUUAAACGUAGUUGUGUUAAUUGCCUAAUGCGAUAAACGAUCUGAUAUCAUCAUCUCUACUGGGUCGUGCAACGGAGUAUGAUGUUAAAGGGCGGAGUACAUUUGAUUCCGGUGCCAAAUGGAGAAGGUAGCUGGAAUAGCCUGUAAACUCCAUCGAGGAAAAUGAUUGCAGAACAAUGCUCCCAUGAUAGAAGAAACGAAGACAUGUCAGAUUUUGGGAGUGCAGGGUGGUGCAGAGCCGCAGCCAGGCUUGAACCAACGAAUAUCCUGCGUCACGUUCAACCGGUCCAGCCUUAUGAACAAUAAACACUCGCUAUCUGCCUUGUCUACCAUCGUUUUCAUUGUACAACGAGCAGUCUCAAGUGUAUGUGAGACUCACAGAAGCUAGGCGCUGGUGGAAUCAUGUCCAAAUAAGCAUGCGCGGAUUCCACAUUCUCUCGGGCGAGAAUACUUAUAAAUCCUCCGCUGGGAACUUCUAAACGCGCAUUGCUCAUCCUGCGCACAGCAAAUCCUACUGUUCCCUGUACGAUGUAUUGCCUCACUCCAUCAAACAUCGACCAUUCCCUCUCACAGCCAUCAUCGGCACCGCUCUGCUAAUUUGCGCUAUUCCUCAAGCUACCAAACCCACCGACGAUGUGACUCUCGGUGGCACGAUUGUCAUCCCUGACGUCUUCCUCGACGGCCAUGUCAGAUGCUACAUCACGAGCAAACCCGGUAAAGACUGCCAAUAUUCUGCGUUUCCUGUGGCAGGGCAGUGCAAGGUCAGCAAUCGCGGAAAUUGUGUUUGGAAGGAGAAAAAUGCGCUCAAGAGGCCUUCUGGAUGUUCGGACUGCAAGUGCAAGAAGAAGUUUGAC